AUGACGGCCGCCGCUGCGCGGCUGCUGCUUCCGAGGGUGGCCAAGGCCACGGCCACCGCUCUAGUCUGCGGUCCCCUCGAUUCCUUCUCCAGUCGCUUCCGAACGCUCGAGCCGCCGCUCCUGCGGCCGCCGGACCUGUUCUCGCGGAACCUCUCAGAAGCCGCCUUCGACGCGCAGGCGCUGGAUACCCGCAUCCCCGCCACCGUCAUCACCGGCUUCCUCGGCUCCGGCAAGACAACUCUCCUGAACCACAUUUUGACCUCACAGCAUGGGAAGAGAAUUGCUGUUAUUGAAAAUGAGUUUGGUGAGGUGGAUAUUGAUAGCUCGCUUGUUGCUAGCCACUCAUCUGUUACUGAGGAUAUUGUAAUGGUGAAUAACGGCUGCUUGUGUUGCACUGUCCGAGGAGAUCUUGUAAAGAUGCUUCUGAAGUUGGUGAAGCAGAAGGGGGACAAGUUUGAUCAUAUUGUUAUUGAAACAACAGGUCUUGCGAAGCCUGGUCCUGUCAUUGAGACAUUCUGUUCAGAUGAGUUGGUCUCUAAGUAUGUGAAACUUGAUGGUGUGGUUACAAUGGUGGAUUGCAAGCAUGCCAUGAAGCAUUUGAAUGAAGUGAAAGCCAGGUGGGUUGUAAAUGAGGCAGUAGAACAAGUUGCUUAUGCAGACCGAAUUAUGUUGAACAAGGUUGAUUUGGUUGAUGAUGCAGAAUUGGAGGCAUUGACUAACAAACUCAAGUUCAUAAAUGGGAUGGCACAGAUGAAAACGGCGAAGUUUGGUGAUGUUGACAUGGACUUUGUGCUGGGAAUUGGAGGCUAUGACCUUGACAGGGUUGAGGCGGAAGUCCAGUUGCAAGAUAGCAGGGAGACAGAUCAUUGUCACCAUGGAGAUGAACAUGGACACCAUCAUGAUCAUGUCCAUGAUUCAGAUGUCACUAGUGUGAGCAUUGUUUCAGAGGGAUUACUUGAUCUUGAUGAGGUUAAUGAUUGGCUGGAGAGACUGGUUGAUGAGAAAGGGGAAGAUCUGUACAGAUUAAAAGGUGUUAUAUCUGUAAAUGAGUCCACUGGACGCUUCGUGUUUCAGGGCGUGCACUCUAUGCUGGAAGGAUGCCCAGCAAAGCCGUGGGAACCUGAUGAGAAGAGAAUCAACAAACUCGUGUUUAUUGGCAGAAAUUUGGACGAAGCUGCACUUCGAAAGGCCUUCAACGGUUGCUUACUCUGA